CCGCUUCCGUGAUUCGUGCCUUUGGGGAACACCGGAAGAGGGUCUUUCCUGCGUUGGCGCAUGUGCACGAGGUUUUUUUGUUUUUCGUUUUUGGCGUAGCGCGCAAGGGCCUUCGGAGGGGCGCGUGGGGGUUCGUUCGCCAUGGAGGGCGCUCCGCGGUCGGCGUCUCCGCAUGUAAUCUGCGAGGGAGACUGGGCUGUUCUCAAGCGGGACGACGUGUUCAAAGCGGUCGCCGUGGUGAAGCGGAGAAAAAUUAUUUUUGAAAAACAGUGGUUCUGCCUAGAUAAUGCUAUUGGGCAUGUUUAUGGAACAGCAUUUGAAGUGACUAGUGGUGGUAGUCUUCAGCCAAAGAGGAGGUUAGAAGAAAUGAAUCCAGAAACAAAAGAGGCGGGUACAGAUAAUCGUAAUAUAAUUGAUGAUGGAAAAUCUCAAAAACUGACUCAUGAUGAUAUAAAGGCUUUGAAGGAUAAAGGCAUAAAAGGACAGGAAAUAGUUCAACAAUUGAUAGAGAACAGCACCACGUUUAGAGACAAAACAGAAUUUGCCCAAGAUAAAUACAUCAAAAAAAAGAAAAGAAAAUAUGAGGCAGUUAUUACUAUCAUAAAACCAUCUACUCGUAUUCUGUCAACAAUGUACUAUGCAAGAGAACCAGGAAAGAUCAACUAUUUGCGGUAUGAUACUCUAGCCCAGAUGUUAACUUGGGGAAAUGUUCAUGCUGGCAGCAAGAUGAUAGUAAUGGAAACCUGUGCAGGAUUGGUGCUGGGAGCUGUAAUGGAACGAAUGGGAGGUUACGGAUCCCUUGUUCAGAUAUAUCCAGGAGAAGGACCUGUUAGAGCAGCCACAAGUUGUUUUGGAUUUCCUAAAUCCUUUUUUGAUACUCUCUCUGAGUUCCCCCUCAGCAAAGUGGGCAGCGUUCUCUCUGGAACAUUUUCUUUAACAUCAUUGCCUUCAGAGUCUGAAGAGAAUAUGCCAGUGGCAGAAGACAGAAACAGGUCAGGGGAUGACAAGAAACUUUCCAUACCAGAAGUAGAAUGCAGUCCUGAGAUAGCUAUGGAGAGCAGUCAACCUGAAGAUCAAGAAAUAGUGGAAUCGGAUGCACUUGACAAUAAAGCCAAGGGGACAACACACAACAAACAAAAGAAACAAGAGGAGAAGAAGAGAAAGCUGAUAGAAGCUGCUGCUUUAUUGAAACAGAAGGAUGCUGAUGGUUUAAUUGUAGCCAGUCGAUUUCAUCCAACAAGUUUAUUAUUCCUGUUGUUAGACUUGGUAGCUCCUUCGAGACCUUUUGUUGUCUACUGCCAAUAUAAAGAGCCACUACUGGAAUGUUAUACAAAACUGAGAGAGAAGGGUGGCGUCAUCAAUCUGAAACUUUCUGAAACAUGGUUACGAAACUAUCAGAUCUUGCCAGAUCGAAGUCAUCCCAAAUUGCUUAUGAGUGGUGGUGGUGGAUAUCUACUGAUGGGCAUCACUGUUAGAAAUGAAAACAUAAAUACUAAUGACUGCUUAGAAGAACCAUCCUCUAAAAAGCGUAAGCUUCAAGAACACCAUUAAUACUUUAAGAAAUUAUCCUUGCGUUCUAUUACUAACUGUAUUUAAAGGCACAGAAGAAUGUACUUUGUUUUCCAUUUGUGACUGAAAGUUCUUUUUUUAAAUAAGACUGUCAGGUUCAACCAAAUGUUGGAAUCCUCUAUUGCCAACGUCAUUCCAGACUCGGGUAGUUCCUUUAACUAUAGAGUAAGGCUUUAGAGGGAUAGGGUUAAGAAUCAGUUUCCCUGGAGAUGUUGCAAAAAUUAACUGAAAGUCAAGCUCUGUUCUGUUACAGAAUUUUGUUUUGAAUUCAAAACCCACAAAUCCCAUUGCCAUUUCUUUUGGUUAAAAAAAUUGUAUCUACUUCCUAUUUCAGUUCUUAAUCUUGAAAUCAAGGGGCUUUUUUUUUACUAAGUGAAAUGAAUGUUUCAAAAUGAUGUAAUAUUAUCAAUGAGAAAGACAAGACUGAUGCUAGACUAUUGUAUGUUUUAACCAUUCUGAAUUUCAAAAAAAAGUGAAUGUCAGGUAUUACUUUCAAAAUGUUAAAAUACUGCUAGUCUGUUUUCACUUAUACUUUUUUUAAAAAAGAAAAGCUGGCUUCCAUCUUUUUAACAUGUGAUAACUUUAUAUUUUUAUGUGGAGUUUUUAAUCUGUAAAUCUGCAUUUCAAUAAAUUAUAAGAUUAUUUUGUAGUAUGUGAGUUAUUUUUUCUUCUAAAGAAGUAAAGAUUGUUAAAGUAGCAAGCCGUCUGGAUGGCAACCAAGCUGUAAGUGUUUCCACUACAUGUUCUCAAAGUUCCCAAUGUGACCACUGGCCCCAAAGGUUUGCCUGCCAUUGUAUUGGACUCUCUGUUUUGUAUUUGUGAAUUGACCCCAAUCACCCAAAUUCAAACAAGAUCUAGCCAGAUAUAUAUGUCAAUACGGCUCACUGAAAUUCUUGAUACAUUCUGGGGUUCAACUUACAUUCUAUGUUCAACUUAGAACAUAGAUCAUAUCUUUCAGUUUUAAUUUUGGAUCUGUUGCUGCUUUUGCAGCUUGGUUUAUUUUUUAGUUCCUAGCAUUUGCAACUGAUUUUAUAAGCUGCAUUGAAUGACCUCAGGCAUGGAAAGUUAGGGUAUAAAGAGUUUAAUAAAGAAAAAAGAGACAGCCCCAUUUGAAAGAGGUAUAAAAGGAGAUCCUUGAAAUAGAUGGGUUUGAUUGAAGGAGCUCUAGACUAGUGUGAUGGUCAUUCUACAUACAUGCACUAAAUCACCUUUUCCCCUUUGAAUCCAGAUCACAGAGCAGCCCUUUAUUUUUAAUUUAAAAUGAAAAUCAACAAUCAACCCUUAAGACCUGGCUUUCCCCCAAAACAUUUGGAGCCAGUUGAGUGGUGUUCCCCUUUGAUUGUUUUUUUGUAGUGUUUUGAUUACCAUUUCAUAUUCUAUUUCAUAUUUAUACAGUAUAUUGUGUAUGUUUUAAUGUUAUAUGAUUCUUUUUGGUUUGUUUUUUGUCGUUGGACACUACCUGGAAUCAUAUUGUUUGAGUAGCCUUAUAAGUCUGGUAAAUAAAUAAA